AUGGGCACGAGCGACGCCAAGCUCGACCAAUGUCUCGCGGUUCUCGCGGGCCCCACGGACGAGCACAAGUUUGCGGGCCUCUUGAUGGUCACCAAGCACUUGGCUGACGCCGAUGCGACGACGCUGCAGGCGGUGCGGGCGCGCGUGCUGGCGACCACGGGUGUCGUCUUCUUCCUCCGACUCCUCCACACCAAAGGCAGCGAUGACGAAGCGCUUUCGCCGUACCGCGCUCUGGCUUUGAACCUGAUCUCGAGCUUUUGCGGGGAUGCAACGCUCGCAAACGAGUUUGCCAAGGCCUCUGUCGUCGCCGAUACGCUCGAGGCAUUGCAGCUCGGCGUUGCUGCGGCCAACGUGACUGUGGUCACCGACUGCCAUCACGUCCUGCAAGGGCUCUACCUCCACACGUCGUCCGGACGCGAGCUUUUGAUCGAGAACGGACUCGUACCUGCGGUGGUGCAAGCCAUGGCGCAGUGCUGUGCGGUGCAGCCGCUCUCGGACGCGCACGAAGUCAUUCUCCAGCACCUCGUGGACCUCGUCCGCAGCAUCCACGAUCUCUGGAAGGCGCUGUCGUCCCCCGACUUUAACGCGUUGCUGCAUUGUUUUGGUGCGAUCGAGUCGCGGUCGCUUGCCAAGUGCCAUUUACAAGAGCUGCUGCUGCGCGCGCCGGACGAGCGCUGGCUCGACGCUCCGCUCGCCGACGUCGUGUCCGGUCUCUUUGGCGCGUGGCCAGAGCACGGACACGCCUCGACGCAGCGUCGAGACACGUCGCUCGCGCUCAUUGAGCGCCUCUUCUCGACCGUCGGUGGCGCGUGGCUUGUCCCGACGCCCGACGCCGCCGGUGACCUCGUCGUUCUCGUUGUCCAGUUGGCCGCCAUCGAAGCCAAACUGCUCUUGGAUGACGCCGAGCGGGCGUGGAUCGACGUCCGCGUCAACGACAGCGCCGUCGAAGUCAUCGAUGCCGCCGACGACCGGCUCACGCGCAUGGUUCCGAUCUGCUAUGGCAUUCUGGAGGCCAUUGUGUCGAUGCUGGCCGGAUCGCGCCCUGAUAUUGUCGACGCGUCGCUGCUCUCGGGACCGGUACUCGCACAGCUCCAGGAUGCGCUCGGCGAGGUCUUUACGGUCGUGCUUCAGUUUCUAACGACGGCGCGGGACUUUGUCGCGACGUUCCCGACCUCGCUCGCCCUCGAUAUGGUGGUCUACGCCAGCGUCCGCGUCUUUGGCGCGUGGCUGGCCGAAGAGUCGGACUUUUGCCAAGCGGACGUGCUCCAGCUGCUGCCCUUCCUAUUGCAGUACCAGCCGUCGCUCGUCACCGACGCAUCGCCGUUGCAGAACGACGACGACGACGACGAGCUCGACUCGGACGACGAGGCGCCGCCGACACCGCUGCUCACCGACCCGCUGCACUUUUUACUCCCGGGUCUCCUCUCACUGUCAGCCGACGAGACCGUGGCCAAUGUCAUCUUGGACGAUGACGCUGUCUUGCAGCGCGUGCUGCAGUUUGGCGUCAGCGUCUGCGCCAACGCCGAGAGCCCUGGUGUCGUCACGCUGUGUCUUGGUGUCUCUAUGAAUUUGUUGCUCCUUGGGUCGCCGUCGUUCACGGCCAAAGCCCGCUUCCAGAAGACACUGCCGGUGUACAUGAAGCUCGCACAACUGACAGGCCAGCGUUGCAUGACGAGCCGCGUGUACGACGACGACGCGACGUCACUGCUCUUGCAUCUGCUCAACUACUGCCUCUUGGUCCUUCUGGGCGCGUCGACUACGAGCUCCGACAAGGCCUUUCGCGCCACGCUCGAGUGGGCGCAAGCGCAUGCGCCGCCGAUCGAGUGCGACGCCAGCUACGACCUCCACGCACUCUUGCUGCACUUGGCCGCCCGCUACACGUAAAAGACGACCUGUAGAAUCGGGUUAAAUU